AGUAGCAGCCUCAACACUUUAGACAUAUGUGCCCUUUGUCUGCAAUCAAGUGCGCUCAACCCAGAACCCCACCAAAUUUCAGGAUCUUUCAUGCUUGAAAAUGAUGCGGUUAAAAUUAAAAAAAUGAUUUGUUCCUGUAAAGCAGGAGCAGGAGGGAAAUGCAAACAUAUUACUGCAGUUUUAAUAAAACUAUCUAGGUGUAUAAUGUUUCUAUUUCUAGAAGGCGGAAUCGUGCCAAAUUAAUUGAACUGAAUAUAAUCAACAAAACUUAUAGUCCCUUUCUUUUUUCUGCUUGGUUUUUUCUUUUUUUAGGGAACAGCUGUCUGAACUUGAGGUCGUUUCAAAAACCGAUUUGAAGUGUGUAUGGAACACUCAGAGACCCAGCAUCAGAGAACGGUACAAAGCAGUUCCUAUAAAGGAUAUGCCUUGCUUAAAGGAAAAAAUUAUAUCAUCUCCUCUGUCCGUAGAUGAAAUGGAAGUAUUAAACUACUUCAUUCAAGCUUUACCAGAUUCAGCUAUAGCUAAACAUAGGAAAGGCAGAAAUUCAAAUAUUAUUCCAGUAGACAGUGGAAAAAACUGUAGUACAUCUGAAAUAUUGGAUAAUAUUUUAGUAAAUUGUGCGCAAUCGGUUGUGAUGAUGGAAUUAGCAUCGGUGAAUAAUGCUAACUCCCUUGAUUGUUGUUCAAAAAUUUUAGAGAAUUUUUCCAAUGACAAUCUAUAUGAAGCGAUAGAAUUACAACAGAACUCUAGCAGCUGGCACAAUUUACGUAAAUAUAGGAUAACAGGUUCUAGAUGUUACGAAAUAUAUACAUAUGGAGGGGGAGAUUGGUCAAACAAAUCUACCAAAUAUUUUUGGCCAAAAUCAUUGACCAACAAAUAUGUAAGACAUGGCCUUAAAUUUGAGGAGAAUGCCAUCAGUGCAUUCAAAUUAAAGACAAAUUUGAAUGUGCAAAGGUGUGGUAUUAUUAUACCUCAUAAUAAUCCAUGGCUGGCAUAUUCUCCAGACGGAAUUAUAGUAGAUCAUAAUCAGAAACCGACGGCAUUGUUGGAAGUUAAAUGUUUGUAUGAUGGUGCGUCCAGUUCUAUUGAAGACAUUUUGAAUCAAUGCAAAUUCAUAUCAAGGGAAGAAGGUCAAUAUGCAUUGAAAAAAAGGCAUAAAUAUUAUGGCCAAAUCCAGAUGGGAAUGGCAGUUCUCAAUCUGGAGAAAUGUUUUUUUGUGCUCUACGCAUCUUAUGAUGAUAGCAUGAAAAUAAUAGAAGUUUCCUACGACUAUGUGUUUGUUAAAGAAAUGUUGGAAAAAAUUAAAUUUAACUUUAUUAAUAAAAUGGUUCAUGUAAUAUGCGAGAAUAAUAUAGAGUAA